CACCGCGCUGGCGGCUGUGCAUGCUGUCGCUUAUCAUCCGCUGUACUUUUACCAUUUGUUCACUUAGCCACGCGAUCCAAAUAUUUACAAAUACGGCAUCAUUCGCUUUGCGCGCGCAUACCUCGCAAAGGUUCUCGACGUCGCGACCUCCUCGCCAUUCCCAUCAGCACGCAACAGCCAUCGAUAUCAUACACAUCCCCACGCAAUACCAAUUCCUACGGCGUAAUUGGCCUCUUUACUAUUUCUGCAGCACUCUUCAAUCAUCACCUUGACCCUUGCGCUGCACGAUCGGUCGGCCCCCAUGCCUCCUCGCACCUAAGAUAAUCAUCGCUUCUGCUUUCGCUCCCACCCGGCACGUUCCCGAUACCAACAUAUUCAAAUUGCAUGAUACAUCGCUUCCCUAUAUGCACAAACAGCUGUAGCCAUUCCAUCUACGAUACCUGUGUUUGGACUAGCCGGCUUGUUGGUUGCUCAGAGCGCUGGUAUCACCAAUGCCCGGAGUAAUCAUGGCUGACGGACCCCAAAACGGUGCAAGGACUGACCACGACAGAGGUCAGGGUCCUCAAACAAUGGCCGAAAAUGUCGCUUCGAUGCCCACUAAGCCUGGUGUGGCUAAAGAGAUGACGAUUCCAAUGCGCCCAAGAAUGAAUGACCUACCAGACGAAAUUGUGCACAUUACCCAGGGCUUUGUUCCGCUGUCCCUGUUGGUCACAAGGCUAGCACAGCACACACACAACUCUCUUCAGGAAAAGAUUGCCGAGCUCGCCAAAAUGGCGCUUCCAGCGUCUGCCCUGAAUGGUACCACCAAUCAUAGUGCUUUUUUUUUUUUUUAUUUUUUCUUCUUAUAUCUACACAAAAAGGGAGCAUUGCUUCAUUUCGCCCAAGACAUGCAUGCCAAAUGGAUCAAGGCUUUGGUUAUAACAGAAUGGAGUCGAAACGCAUCUCUUGUCAGCAAACUCAUCGAUUUAAAGUUUCACAUCGACCAGCAGCGAAUCUUAUUCGACGGAUGUUUGGAUGACAUGGUAAAUGUGAAGCGCGACCUAACAUUCGCUCGCAUGCCCAGUCCAGAUUUGAAGACUGCUCUUCAAGUUCUCUCCGCAGGCAAUGCACCGUGGGUUCCAGAUUUGGGUUACAUUGAACCAGCACCGCUUACUGCACAGGAAAAGCUGAAGUGGAUUAACGACCUAGACACCCUGUUGUCCCUACGAUUAAAUAUCGAAGACUACGACAAUAUUCCCCCGCAGUUCCGAGACUACAGAAUUGAAUCCGGCCGAGUCACAUUCAGAGUUGCGACAGAGUUUGAAGUCGAGCUUACUAUUGCCGAUGAAGACUUCGAGAAGCAAUUCUGGUUUAUAGAUUUCCGCUAUCUGUUUGGACCAUCGGCAGCUACAAUACCUGACUCACUACGCUCAUAUUUGGAGACAUGUGUCAACGAUGUUCUCUCGAAAGACGGGCUUGGCGGAUGCUACAAGUUCUUACAUGAAUUUGUGCUGACAUCGAAGAUCAAUGAACUGAAACGACAGGCCAUCGAAUUGAGCAAAACAUCUUGGAGUUCAACAUUGGUCGUAGAGCCGUUGAACAGAGCUCUCGCUAUCCAAUACUGGUCGUCGAGAACCAACACAACUGGACUGAAGAACUGGGUCUUGAUAGCUAUUGAAAGUGGUAAAACGUCCAACUCUCAAACAGAGGCCAGCACAACCAGCCGGCUGGUUGCCAAAUGGUACCGAGAUAACAAGGAGGUCAAGGAUGCGGCUCUUGAGUUGGACUUGCAGAAUCUCUCUGCUGAAUCUCUGCUGAAAGAUGUGGUUGGAAGACAUAUUGAUCAUAUCUUGUCAAGCAUUCGCGACAUGUUAUCGGACGCCCCAAGAUUUAAGCAACGCGUGGCCAACAUGAGCCUACACUUGUCCAGAUCUGACCCAGCAGCAUGCGCACUUAUUACAGAAGUGACACCGAACCAUUCUACGUCCUUGAUCAUGGAGCCAACAACGGGUAUCUUUGCUAUCAAACCCCAGUCAAAGUUCUCCGUCCAGUAUGAAAUGCAGCUGAACAAUGGCAAAAAUGUGGCCGAGGAUGGUGUCCUGUGCGUGGAGAAUGUUCGAUGUGCCGUCCUCGAGGAUGCACUGAACAGGAGUGGCACGACAAUGGGCUGGACCACUCACAAAGCACCUCUAACCCAAGAAGAAUUCCGACUGGUGACAAAGCUACGUGAUUGGACAAGGACGAUAUGGAUUCAAAAGGAAGGCUGGGGACCAAACUGGUACAUUGCAACGGUCCUAAGCCUGUCUGGCGAUGAGUGGUGGCUGCUUGAGAUUAACAGAAACGAGCCUGGCCGAGCCUGCAAGUUCCAGACAAAACUCCCUGUUAGCAAAGGUCAGCCAAGCUUAUCCGACCGCUUUUGGAACAACCUGACAUUGUUUGCUACCGGUUCUAUUGCACGUAUAACGGAUUUGCGAGAAUUAUAUCGUCAAAGGAUUAAGAGCCGGUCAAGUGACAUCAAAUCGAGUACCUCACAACAGGUUAGAAUCCCCGCUCUCGAAAUGGACCUCUCGGCGUUGGUACCAUCUAUGGCAGUCGACAGCGCCAGCAAUAAGCAAAGCUGGGCAAGCAACAUUGUCAUUGUGCAAUUCGGUGGCCUUCAACCAGCUCCGAAAUCGUCCAAUCCCGAAGCAGAGACGCCUUUGCUCAUGUGCACUACCGAUGCGAUACUCAAGGUCCGCAAUCCUGGCAAAUUUACAGCGCUCGACGGUAACGUGGAUCAUGACUUGUCUUAUAAUCCUGCUAAGGGAGAAUUUGGACUCCGCAUUCGCCACGCUGUCGGUGAACCCAUAUUGGCCAUUCUGCAAUCGCGUAUCAAAUCAAUCGACCGCUUUGUAAACUUCUUGGAAGCUGUGGAGAGGUCAGACGGGGCCAUUGUGUCUGAAGAGGUUUCCCUCCAGCGCGUCGCCUUUAAAUACGGGGCGUGGAGCAUGGCCCUGGACUUGUCGCGUGGUGACAUUGAUAUUUCAAUCGAUGAGCACAACCCUCACCUACGUGUGCUGGAUCUCAUGCGGGUUCUAGUCAACAGUGAUGGUGGCAUUACUGCACUGUUAGGCUGGCUUCCUGCAUCACUGUCUGCAAUGGAGGCUCUAGAUUCUAUGGAAACAGCCUGGGAAGACGUGAAAGCAGGCACAGCGCAGUUUGCUGUCAAGACACUUGGAUGGAUGAGUGUUAGAUACUCCAUCCUAGGCAAACCCGACGUUCUCACCCUCGAAGUUCAGAGAAAGCUUCGCCGUGGAGAAGCUUGGUGGCACGUGUGGCGCUCGGAUAAGAAUGCCGAGGGCGACAUGUUCUCGGCACCCUUGAAAGCGGUAUGGGUGAAGAAUGGUGCUAAGUGGAUUGGCCUGAGUACAGGUGCGGCUGGCAAGCCCGAUGGUGGAGUAGUCGAGAUGAUGCUGGCCACAGACGAGGCGAUUCGCCGUGCGGUUGGAGAGCCGAAAAAGGAGGAAGCCGAUGAUGUCGUGCUCCUUGAGUAAAUGCUCAUUUGUGAAUAACAGACGCCUCGUGGAUGACGUCAAUGGAAAAAUGCGGCACUGCACUGUUUAUAUAUUUAGGAGCCGGAGUCUGGAUACUUUGAUUAUCUUGCAUGUAACAGCGGGUUGGGAACUGCGUGGCUUUCUGCCUAUUGAUUGCGCCUAUGUACUUUUAUACGACUAGCCUGCCUUCAUAAUUGACAUGAGAAUUGCAUAU